AUGGAGGACCAUGCACUGUUCACAAUCCGACAUUUGCUGCUUAGAUCAUUUCGAGCUUCUCCAUUUCCAAGCAUUAGAACCUCGCUUGCGCAGAACAGCCGCCACCGUCGCAUCUCAUCUCCCAAGCGCCUCUUACACCACCAUGCGAAACAUACAAAUCACCUAGGCGAUGGACAAGCCUAUCCACUCUCCGGAUACUAUUCCGAUAUCCUUUCCGCACGUCAUUCACACCGCGGCCAAGCCACAACAUCUCCCUCAGCACCGCAACAGAAACCUGAAACGCCGCGUGCCCAAACGAACCAACUGCCGCAAUCGCCCGAGGAACGGAUGGCAAUUGUCUUUGGAACUCGGUUAGCUGGGCCUGGCCGAUCCUCACGCUAUAAUCGGGGGUCGAAUUCUGCCUGGAAGACUGUCAAUGGCGUGCCCAUACCGCCGAGACCCGAAGAACCAGAUAACUGCUGUAUGAGCGGCUGUGUACACUGUGUGUGGGAUGAUUACCGAGAUGAAAUGGAAGAAUGGGCUGCAUUACUAGCACAGGCAAAGGCCAAGGGCGGCACAUCAAAGUCGCCCAAGGUAGUCCCGACCGCCAUACCAAAGACACCGGUUGAUGUGGCGGCUAGUACGAGCAUGGAUGACGAUGGGGGCGGCAGUGAGACGAACUGGUCGUUGCCAGGGUCUGGUGAUGAUCUUUUUGCAGAUAUUCCUGUUGGUAUACGAGAGUUCAUGAAGACAGAAAAGAGGUUGAAACAACUUCAUCGCAAUGCGGACGAUGCUUGA